CUGGAGAGUGUAAGUGAAGGAGACUUUGGGAGUCAGGAACCUUUGACUCUUGAAACUUUAGAUAAACUGAAAAAUGACUUCUACGGCUGUCCUAAAAAUGAACUAGCUCAAAAUGUUUGCACCCGCUUUGAUCCAUUUGAAGUGGCUAUUAGCAGAAGAAAGACUGAUAGAUCUCUUCAUGUUUACAAUGUUAAGAUAGAGUCAGAAGGAAAGCCUGUGACCAACCAAGAAAAUUCUGGACGGUGCUGGCUAUUUGCUGCUCUAAAUGUAAUAAGACUGCCAUUUAUGAAGAAAUAUGGCAUUGAAGAGUUUGAAUUCUCACAAAGUUACCUAUUCUUUUGGGAUAAGAUAGAGAGAUCUCACUACUGGUUGAACAACAUUGUUAAAACAGCCAAACAAGGGGAGAAGCUUGACGGACGACUUGUCAACUUUCUGCUUAAGGAUCCAAUAAACGAUGGUGGUCAGUGGGACAUGAUAGUGAAUCUGGUUAACAAGUACGGUCUGAUGCCAAAGAAAUGCUUCCCGGAGUCAUUCAGCUCUAGGAGAAGUCUGCACAUGAACGCGCUCAUCAAGACUAAGUUACGCGAAUAUGCCAAGGAGUUGCGUGAUAUGGUCGACUCCAAGGUGUCUGAAGAGGUCAUUCAGAACGCGAUCGACAAACAGACAGCCGUUAUAUACAACAUCGUAGCUACAUGCCUAGGUACUCCUCCUGACAAGUUCACCUUUGAGUACUACAACAAGGAGAAGGCUUACAAUAGCUUCGGUCCUCUAACACCUCAAGAGUUCUACCAGAACCAUGUGAAGCCAUUGUACAAUGUAGAUGAUAAGGUAUGUCUGGUGAGUGACCCGCGGUCAUCCAAUCCCUUUGGCGCACUCUACACCCUACAGUGUCUCGGUAACGUGGUAGGAGGACGUGAAACAGCAUACAACAAUCAACCCAUAGAGACUCUUAUGCAAGUGGUUGCGGAGAGUAUAAAGGGUGGUGAAGCGGUAUGGUUCGGUUCCGAAGUAAGUAAGAGAUUCGAAAGGAAAAAUGGUCUUGAAGACUUGGAUGCCCAGGACUACCGUCUGGUAUUCAACACAGAGGUUCAGAUUGGACUCUGCAAGGCAGAUCGUCUCUUGUAUGGAGACUCGUGUAUGACGCACGCUAUGGUCUUUACAGCUGUAGGGACGGAUGAACAGGGCAACAUUCAGAAAUUCCGAGUGGAAAAUUCCUAUGGUGACAAAGAAUACGACAAGGGAUAUCUACUGCUGACAAAGUCGUGGUUUGAAGAAUUUGUUUUUGAGGUGGUGGUAGACAAACAGUUUGUGCCAUCCGAUGUACUUGAUGUGUUCAAGCAGCAGCCGAAAAUGUUGCCAGCCUGGGAUCCAAUGGGAACCCUAGCUUGCCCACUCUGCUCCAAAGAAACAUAG